UUAUAGGAACCUGACACACACAAUGAUACAGUCACUAUCCAGACACAUCCCUUGUCUGUUACUGGAGAAUGUCCCAGAAUUCCCAGCACUGCUCACCUCUCCUGUCAGCAGCUUGAUGAUAUUAUUGGUCAGUUCCAGGAUCUUCUGGUCACUGUCCCCCUUAGGUUUCAGGGACUGAGGUGGAGGAACCAUGAUGGUCUGUGUUUUAUUAAUAGAGAUAGAAGUGAUGUCAUGUGACCUCCUAGAAUCCUCCUCACCUCUCCGGUCAGCAGGUAGAUGAUCUCCAGGGUGAGGUUGAGUAUGCGGUAGGUGAUGUCAUUCUGGUCCUUCUCCAUGUCCAUCCAGCACUGAUCUAGGA